AUGGAGAGCAAGUCGUAUGUGCUCGAUCCUCGCCCUGCGUUUCCGCUCUUCGUCACUGCUCGCCAAUACUGGUCUUCCGAUUGCGCGCGCGACGACCCAGACGCGCUCACCCUCGUCUUCGCGCACGCGACGGGCUACCACAAGGAGCACUUUGAACCCACUCUCGAACACCUCUUCGCGCUCUUGCGUGGCUCCGGGAAAGCGAAGAUACGCGACGCGUGGUGCAUCGACGCGCCCAACCACGGCGAGGCCGCGAAGCUGAACGAGAAGACUUUGCAAUGGGGAUAUGUGCCCGUCUUUCCCUGGGAAGAGUACGCGCGUGCCGUACACGUCUUCCUCGCCGGACUUGGCACUGGCGUCGACGUCGACUUCUCCACCCGCAGACUAGUCGGCGUCGGGCACUCCAUGGGCGCGACGGGAAUAAUCCUCUCGCAGACGUACCAGCCCGCACUCCCCUUUGUCGCCACCAUCCUCGUCGACCCGAUGAUCCUGCCGGCAACUAUCGACACCGUCGCUGGGAGCCCGCGCAAUCCCCUGCUCGAGGGCGCGGAGAAGAGGCGCGACGUGUGGCCGAGCCGCGAGGAGGCGUGGGCGCAGUUCAGCGGCCGGCCGGCGUGGAAGAGGUGGGAUCCGCGCGUGCUGAAGCUGUAUGUUGAGCAUGGGCUGCGCGACUUGCCGACGGCAGACCAUCUGGACAAGACGGAGGGCGUCACGUUGACGUGCUCGAAAGCGCAGGAAGCGGCUAGUUUCCGCGAUCGGCUCGGGCGCACGAAGGCGUACCGCUACCUCCCGCACAUAUCCGCCACCAUGCCUGUGCAUUUUAUCUGGGGCGAGAUUGUGGACUCCGUCCUGUCGGAGGAGCUCAAGCAGACGGUCAUGUCUCAGGGGGCGCAGGGCAAACAUGUGUCCGACCAGCGUGUUCGGGGGGCAGGGCAUCUGAUACCGCAGAUGCAGCCGGAGGGGCUUGCUAACGCACUCUGGAACGCGCUGAAUGCUGAGAGUGUCAGGGCGGCAGACGGCACGCACGGCUAUGCACGCAGUAGACUGUGA